AUGCAAUCCGUUAUUGGAGCAACAGUACAGAAAGCAGGAGCAGCAGUAUCUUCCGCCAUGUCCGACAAGAAGACGGCAGAUAUGCUGCCUGAGAUGAGAGAACCAAAUACAAAGGAGCCUCUUACCAGUGACUUUGGCGUCAAACACGGUAAUCAUGACAAUUGGCUAUCUGCGUCAACUGGCGAUCGUCAAGGUCCCUUAUUGUUAGAAGACAACUUUGGUAGAGAGAAAAUUAUGAAGUUCGAUCAUGAGCGUAUACCAGAGAGAGUUGUUCAUGCACGUGGAGCUGGAGCUUUUGGUACCUUCAAACUCUACGAGAGCGCCGAUGAUGUUACAAACGCUGGAGUUCUCACGGAUACUUCGCGCACCACACCUGUUUUCAUUCGCUUUUCGACAGUCUUAGGCUCUCGUGGCAGUGCCGAUACUGUUAGAGAUGUGCGAGGUUUUGCCGUGAAGUUCUAUACCGAAGAGGGCAACUGGGAUGUUGUUGGAAACGACAUUCCCGUUUUCUUCAUUCAAGACGCCAUUAAGUUUCCCGAUGUCAUCCAUGCCGGAAAGCCUGAGCCGGACAAUGAGAUCCCUCAAGCACAGUCUGCACACAAUAACUUUUGGGAUUUCCAAUUCUUACACACAGAGGCAACCCAUAUGUUCAUGUGGGCCAUGUCAGAUCGAGGCAUUCCAAGAUCUUACCGUAUGAUGCAAGGUUUCGGAGUGAACACAUAUACUUUAAUAAACGCCGAAGGCAAACGAUCAUUCGUUAAAUUUCAUUUCACUCCAACUCUAGGUGUUCAUUCACUGGUUUGGGAUGAAGCAUUAAAGAUUGCUGGCCAAGACCCCGAUUUCCAUCGCAAAGAUCUUUGGACUGCUAUUGAAAGUGGAUGUUAUCCCAAAUGGAAGUUUGGUAUUCAAGUCUGUGACGAAAGUCGCCAAGAUGAAUUCGACUUCGAUAUCCUAGACGCCACAAAGGUUUGGCCUGAAGACAUUCUCCCAGUCCGAUACAUCGGUGAAUUAGAGCUCAACAAGAAUGUCGAUGAAUAUUUCACACAAACUGAACAAGUUGCUUUUUGCACUGCUCAUCUUGUUCCUGGCAUCGGUUUCAGUGACGAUCCACUACUUCAAGGCCGCAACUUCUCUUACUUCGACACUCAACUCUCAAGACUUGGUGUUAACUGGCAAGAACUUCCUGUCAACCGACCGGUAUGCCCUGUUAUGAACAACCACCGAGAUGGUCAAAUGCGACACCGAAUCACAAAAGGCAAGAUCAACUACUGGCCCAACAGAGAAAGUGUCGUUCCUCCAUCCAAGCAAUCAGAGGGUGCCUAUUAUGAAUAUCCCGACAAGGUUGUAGCAAUGAAACAACGACUCAACUCCACAAAGUUCAAGGAACAUUUCUCCCAAGCUCAGCUGUUCUGGAACUCAAUGUCUGAAGUUGAAAAAUCACACAUCAUCAAUGCUCUAGGGUUUGAACUUGAUCAUUGUGACGACCCCGUUGUGUAUGAGCGCAUGGUUGAGCGACUGACUGAUAUCGACCUCGGCCUCGCACAAGCUGUAGCUGAGAAAGCUGGUGCCCCUACACCCACUCAAGCCGGACGCCCAAAUCAUGGCAAGAAGGCCAAGGGUCUAUCACAAUUCGAUUUCACUCCCGAAGCUCUGGGCUUACCAGCUACCAUUGCUUCUCGUAUGGUCGCAAUCAUCAUUGCAGAUGGGUUCAACUUCCUCGAAUACGAAGCAGUGAAGGGAGCAUUGACUGCAGCCGGCGCUCUUCCAUUCACCAUCGGUCCCAAGAGACAACCAAUCAAGAGUUCCGGUGGCAAGAGCGUAAGCGCAGAUCAUCAUUUCGAAGGUAUGAGAAGUACCAUGUUCGACUCGAUCUAUAUUCCUGGUGGCGAACAUGUCUCUACCUUACUGAAACAAGGACGAGUGAUUCACUGGGUUCGCGAGGCCUUCGGUCACUGCAAAGCCAUCGGAGCUACUGGCGAGGGAGUUAAUCUCGUACAAGUUGCAUGUGCAGUGGAUGGUAUGACUUUCAGCACCUCCAGUGAAGUAGUCGACUCGUAUGGUGUUGUGACUGCGCAAGGAUUGAGCAAAACCGAGGAAGGAUUGAAUAUGGUGAAGGGAGCUAAGAAUUUCUUGGAUGCGUAUACGUAUAAUAUCUCGCAACACAGGAACUUCCAAAGAGAGUUGGAUGGAUUGACUAGUAUGGUUGCUUUUUAA